UGUAGAAAAGUGUACCUAGAAUUACGGAACAAAAUUUCCCGUACAGCCGAUAGAUACGAACACCCUGGAUCGUCGGCGUCCGUUGCGGCACGCCGCCGUCGUUCACAAGUAUCGCUAGUCAACGUAAGUACGUAACGCACAACGCUGUAAACAAACGCCAUUUUGAGCCAAUGGUCGAGUCCGAUGGCAUCUCCCCUCGUCCCGUCCGUCCACCAUUUUAUCGUGACAGGCGAGUAGCCGACUAACGAGACGAUUCCGGUCCGCCAUUAAAUAGUCAAUAGUCAUAAUCCGUUUUCGGUAGUCAAUUUGUUUGGUCAAAUUUGAUUAUUGUUCACACGGACAUCAGAAACUGUUCGUCAGCAGAAAUCCGUAUCUCGUUUUCUUUGAAAACGCCCGUAAUGGCUAAUCCACGUAAGUAUUCGCACGCGCUUUUUUCCUCUUUAGCAUCGCCCUUUAGCACGUUUUUUACCCCUUUGGUGCACUCUUUGAGUUCGACCACCAAAAAUUAUGUCGGGUUGCCUAAUGUUCGUUAUAUAUUAAUAACGAUAUUUCGACUUUGAAAUAUUAUCUGAAACUGUUUUCCAAUCUCUAUGUACUGCGGUUAAAUCACAAUUGCCCAUGGAGUGUUUUUUAAAUUUCGAUUUUUACUAUUAUAAUAUAGGUUCUAUAGUACCUAUAUUGGAGAGGGGUUUAAGCUAUGAUUUUCAAAAAAUAAUCCGGUCAGGUGUUACAAAGAAAUAUCUAAAUUUGCUAUUCAAAUUAUUUAAUUGUAUUCAUAAAACAAAUCUGAAAUUUGAGGGAGGUUUUAAGUUAGGUAUCACAAAACACUCCUGGUUGUGCCUCUAGCAACUAGGUUGCUCAAAAUUGCUUCGCCUAAACACACUUACCUAUUGUUGUUUUAUAUCAAAAUUGGGCGCCUAGUCAUUUUAUUUGUUUUCCAUUUGUUCACCAAAAUGAUUUUAUUAAACGUACAAACUAUAUUUUAUUGUUUAUGUUGCCUAAUUUUUUAACUAUGAUUUUUUUGUGUUUGUAAAACUUGAUUUUUAUCAAGAUAUCUGUGGUUUAUAGUAUACUUUCAAUGCUUAAGUAUGAAUCAUUUAUUGUUUGAGCCAGACCUGUAUAAUGCAUUAAUAUUUAUCUGCCAUCCUCCAUAACUCUACUUGAUCUAAACAUAAAAUGAAAACUUGUAAAAUGUUAAUAGGCUAUUUUAAUUGAAUAUAUCAUUUGAGUAUAGAUGUUUUUCCCUGAUAGCUGAACUAAUCAACUUGGAAUGUGUUAUUAUAGAAUACUCAACUGGUCAAUAUGGAGGAGGUGGAGGUGGUGGUGUAGCCGGUGGAUAUGGUGGAUAUCCUGCAUAUGGCGUUCCUCCUCCUGGACCUCCCGGUUAUCAACAGACAGGUGCACCACAACCACAAACUCAGCAACCGCAAGGUUAUCCAGGAAGUGGUGGUGGAUGGAAUCAACCUCCACCUCCACCAGCAGCUACUGGUCAAGGUAUAAACUAAAUAAAUAAUUUAUAAAAAUGCAUAGUUUUAUGUUUUUCUACCAUGGAUAGUAUUAAAGAGUAAUUGGGUUCCUAAAUAUAAAACUUUAAUAUUAAGAUUUAUUUAAUUUUUUUUUAUAUGAAAUAGGUGGUGGAUAUCCUGCUUAUGAACAACCUCCACCAAACUUUAGACAAGGAAGCCAACAAGGGUCAUUCAAUGGUUCAAGUGGAGGCAAUGGUUAUGGUGGUCCUCCAUCAACUGGAUAUGGUGGUCCCGGUAGUUUUGGAGGUAAUUAAAAAUUUUAUAUUUGUAUUUAAAAGGUUUACUAAAUAUAUUCUAUUUUUGUACAUUAUCAAAAUAUUAAUUUUAUGCUCGCAAAAUACUUGUACCAUGGUAAAGUUAUAGAUAAUAAAGACAAGGAUAGGUUAUACCUUAUUAAUAUUUCAAGAGGAACGGGUACAGUUACUUGAAGUUUCAUAAAGUGAUAUGUUUAAUCUAUAUAGUAAUGAAUGAUAAAUCACCUCAAUCAGUUGACUGCCACUCCGGGAGCAUCGUCACACUUACAGUUGUUAUAGGAGUGGUCUAUCCAUUUAGUAUCUAUACGUAAAGUCAAAUUAAAGUCAUAUUCCUAUGUAUGCAGAUCUAUUAUAGUUAUUUAUUUAUUUUAUUUUUUGGAAUCUUAGUAUUUUAUUCAUUAAGUUUUAAAAAUGAUUUUUUUUUUUUUUUUUUUUAUAAUGAGUAUUAAAUGUGUGUAUUACAAAUUUGAAAAUGUAUCACCCAUACUGCCUCAUUAACCUUCUAUAAAUUAGAAAGAUACCUUGAUAGAUUACUUAUACUACAUUUAAAAAAAGUGGGUAAAAUAUACAUUUCAAACUAAGAUUAUUUGGCAUUUUAUUAUCUAUAAUAUAUGCUAAUGUUAUAUUUUUUUCAAAGGUGGCAGACAAGAUCGUGGAGGCGGUGGUGGAUACGAGUAAGUACAGUAUAUUAGGUUUUUUUAUUUUUAUUAUUAUUAUUUAAUAAAAGGAAUCUUAUUAUUGUGUAUCAAGAUAAAAUACAGUAUUUCAUUGCAACUAUAUUGGGUAUGUGUUCAUGUGAGGUCCAAUUAGUUGGUUAUAUUAUAGAUAUACCAAAAGAAAAUUAAUUAAAAUUAUAUUACUGCAUGAUUGGUGAUAUAAUUAAAAAAAGGCAUCUUAUUAUUUUUAUAUUAUAAGCUCAUAAAAUUAAGUUUUAGUAAAAAUAAAACUGAUGAAGAUUAUUUUAAGAUUCAUACAUUUGAUAAAAAUGUAUCAAUAUCUAUGGUAAAAUAUAUCUGAGGUAUUUUGUAACUAUUUUAGUUUUAUGAAACUAAUUUUUUAAAUAUAUUAAUUACAUAUGUGUUCAAUCGCAGAAAAAUAGUAAAUAAAUUAAACACAACAUUGUCUAUUAUUUAAAUUAGUGAUAAUUCAUUCAAUUGUUAUCUCGAUUAACAAAAGAAUCCAGUUGAUUUUUCUUUAUAGUAUCAUUUUGAUACAUCCGUUAUAAGUGUGCAUAAUAUUAUUGUGCAACAAUAAUUUUUGAAUGAGAAAAAUAACUAUAGUUUAAAUUGUGUACUUAUAAAAGUAAUAAUACUGCCUUGCUAAUAAAACAUGCUGUAAUUUGAUGUAAAAUGUAAAAUUUAUGUCAUGUUAUAUGAUAUUAUCAUUUUAUUGAAUUUGAUAUUAUUAUUUUUUUAGUAGGGCAGUAUAGUUGUAGUCACUCAUAUUUAUCUAAAUUUAUUUUUAUACAACAACACUGAAUCUUGCGGUUUUAGAUUCUGAGUGGAGCGAAGACGCUUAUAGUUUUACAAAAAUGUUUAUUUUUGUUUUAUCUGUUCAACUUUUCUACCAAAAUCUUCCUCCGAUUUUUAAGUGUAGUAUGUUUUCUGAAAAAAAAAAAAUGAUUGUGGGGAGGUACUUUAUGGGGGGUAAUUUUUUGAUUUCUUAGGAGUUUUCUUAUCAAAUAUGAAAAACCAGGACAAAACUGAGGAAAAAUCUGAUCAAUAUUAAACAAAUAUUAUUAAAGCAAAUAGAUAACACCUAUUUAAUUAUUUUGCCAUAAUAUACAUAUAUAUAUAUAUAUAUAUUUGUUGACAAAGCAUGAUAUCAACUGAAUUCUGCUCAGAAUUGUUUUUUCAUUAGGUAUGAUUUUAUUGUUGCCUACAGCUAUACAUUCAAUUCUCUUUUGUAUCCCAUCUUCUCAACAUCCCAUCUACUACAGGAGCUGCACCUGUCCCUAUUAUCCCAGGACAGCUCUUUUAUACAUAUUUGUAUCAACCUUAGGUGGCAUAAUAUUAUUAAAAAAUGUGUAUUUGGCCUGCAUUUUAUUUAGUUAUUUAACUUCUGAGGUGUUUUAAUCACUAAAAAUUAUUGGGUCAUUUAAAAAUAACGAAAUAAUAAACAUGUAUCAAAUUAUGGUAUUAUAUUUUUGGUCUGUUGAUGAGUAUAUUUAUUCAAAAUUAAAUAAUACAAUUUUGUUUUGUAUUUUUAUAUGCUUAUAUUUAGACUUCGAUUUAUAAACAUAAUAUUAAAAAGUAUAGCACAUACUUUAUUAAAGUGUUUUAUAUUUUGUAAAUUUAAACAUGUAAUAAAUUAUUCUAAUCACAUUUAAUAAUUAAUACUGUGUGACAGAUUGCUUCAAGUAUUCAAUUAUUUGUAUAUGAUGUUUUUCUAAUAUUGCAUAUGUUAUAUUUCUUUUAACUAAGUAGUGAUGGUUACAUGUGUGAAAUAAAAUUAACUGCAGUAUGGUGCUCGUGUAUAUUUUUUUUUGAGUUACCCUUGGUUCUAAUAAAUUAAACACUAUAUCAACAUUAACUUUCAUUAAUGUUAAUAAGGAAGCACUUUGUUCCUAAUUUUGUUAAUAGGUUGAAAUAGAUCAAUUACCAAAUUAAAAUAGACAAAUCAAUUCCUAAUUAAUAUUUUUAUUUUUAUUUUUUGCGAUUAAUUGAAAAAUAUUUUUAUUUAUAAAUUCAUUAAUAAAAGAAUAAUUUGGAAUAUCUCCAUAUAAUACUAAUUAAUUGUUCAAGUUUUUUUCUAAAUUCCCGUGGGGGGAAUUAGUUACGUUAAUCUUCUAAUAAUUUUUUUUUUUUAACCAAUUAUGUUUAUGUGACUAGACAUAUGUAUUUAACAAAUUCUUGAUCAUGGUUAAUAAUGUUUGACUUUGACUAAAAUUUCAAUGACUUCAGUAAUUUUGAUUAUUAAUUACAGUUCUUUUGAAAACUUUGAGUAAUAUCUACAUAUAAUUUGAGUAUUUUGGUUAUUUGUUAUGACAAUGAUAUAAUAUAUACAAUCGGUGUUUUCAUAUAUUAUUUCAUAAAUAAAAACAAAAGUAUGGUGUAGGUAUACUACUUGAGCUUUUAUAGAAUAUUAAAGUCCGCCACUUAAAUUUAUUGAAUGGAAAAUGUAUGUUUUAUAUUUAUCAAAAUUUAAUUGACUUGUGAAUUUUGAUUUAGACACUACUCUUUUGCCUGAUGGUUUAAUUUGGUUUUUAUCAGAUUGGAGAUGCUAUUUGUUCUGCUUUUAUUUAUAAUUUAUGUAUAUGUUUUGUGUUUAUUAUUAUUAAUUGGAUAAAUUAUAAUCUAUAAUGCAUUAAGUAUAUUUUAUUAGGAUACUAACUGACUAAUAAAUAAUUAUUGAUAUUUGAUGUGAAAAUCUAAAUUCACAGUAAAGCUACUUGAAUAAAUAUGUUUUUGUGGUUGAAUUAUAAUUAUUAUUAUUUAUGUAUCUAGUUUAAUUUAAACGUAAAAGUCAUGACUAAGAACGGUUAAAACAAUAUUGAGUAUAUUAUAAUAUAAUGUCUGUAUAUAAUUUAAAAUAUAUUAGAUUAAGAACUGAUUCAUCUCCAGAUAUGACUAGGUAAUAAUAUUACAGUUCUUAAUUAACUUGAAGUAUUUUAUUUUAACUUAGUAAAAAGUACUUUUUUGAGAUAUAUAUUUUAUAAAUUUGUAUAAAAACUAAAAAGAUUAAAUGUUACAUUUUUUUAUAAAAUCAAAUCAUUUAUUAAUUUGUAUCACAAAUAUUUAUUUUUGAUAAUAGGAAAUUUCUCCCAAAGUGAAACUUGGUAUAUAAUAUUAAUUACUAAUUUAUAGUCUGAGUCAUGAGAAGUAAACACUGUAGGCCAAUGCAGAAAUCAAAUAUUGAGGUUUUUAGUUGUGUUUUAUUGUUCUAUACUGCCACCCCAUGUGCAGCAAUGCUUAUAAUAUUUUUAUUUUGAAAAUAUUGUGGAAAAGUGAAUUUAUAGUUAUUUAGUGAAAUUUCUACGGGAAUAUCAUGAUUACCAUAACUAAUUUUUCGUGAGCCCGACUUGGCGUGUAUUUUUUAGUUCAGACUAGCUUAUAGCUAUUUUUGGAAUGUAAAAGUACAUUUGUAAAUAAGUAUUUAUAGUCCCUAAUCCAUAUUAAUUUGGUCAAAUUAUAAUGGAACUAAAUAGUUAAAUUUUAAGUUGAAUAUACACUAGUCAACUAACAUUGGUUAGUGUAUUUUAUUUGGCACAAUUUAUCUGUGGCAAUUAUUAAUUAAGAUUUAUCCAUUAGGUAAGUUAGUUAUUUCUCAAUUAAGUUAAAGUGCCCGUUGUUGGCUUAAGUAAGGUGUCGUUUAAAAUUAGUCAUAAUAUGCUAUACAAACAUAUAAAUGGUAUUAUGAUUUUAAAUACUAUGGACAAAUAAUUAAUUUAUUGAAAACACAUACCUACAACUAAAAUACAAUUUAACAUAUUAUUAAUUAUUUUUGUUGUUUUUUUCUAUUUUACUUUUUUCAAUAUAUUUAAUAAUAAGUUAGAAUAAAACAAUUUUUAAAUCACUCAGCGAUUGGGGAUUUUAGAUUUUUUUUUUUUUAAGUUUAUAUUUAAUUUUUUCUUAUACCUUUAUUUUUAUAGUUAUAUUUCAAAAUGUCUACAUAUAUAAUACAUACUUAAUUUCAUAAGUGCCCAUUAUAAUUCUUUAUAUUUUAUUUUCUUAAAUUAUGAAUGAAUUGUUUAUUUAAUUGUCAAAUUAUAAAUGUAAUCGUGUUUGAUUGUGUAUGCGAUUUAUUUUGUUCUAGCUCUGGCGGCAGGGGUGGUUUUAACAAAGGUAAAUAGCACCGAAAUCAAGUGGUGCUUUAUAUACAUUUUAAGUAAAUGGUUCAUAGGCGCUCAAAUAAGUCUGUUAACUAUAUAAGUAUAUAUAAAUCCUCAAAUGCUGAUAACAAGAUAAGUUAGUUGUCUUGUCAAGGUAAUACUCUUCCAACCUGUAUUUAGCAAUUCUUCAUCAUAUUUAUAUGUACUAGAAAACGGUAUUUAUAAUAUUUUAUUCACUUUUCUAAAUUCAGUGGCGUGCAAAGUGGUCAGCAGUUUCACAAUUUAUUUAAUAUAAAAUUUAAAUUUUUAGGGGUCUAUCUAAGAGUCUAAUGUGUCAUAUACAAAUGAAUAUAACACAUAGUAAAUGUGUUUACUUAAUAGUAUAAUAUGAUACUAAACAAAAUUUUCUUUUGGUUUAACAGUUUCUCUACUAUUUUUCAAUAUAUUAUUCUAGUUAUAAAUACAUGUUUAUUAUAUUAAUAAAGUAUAUUUAAAAACACAUAAAAUAAAAACAAAUGGGCUUGAAAAAUAAUUUGGAUUUUAUGUCUAUUGUGUUUUUUUUCAUUGUAGUUAUUGAAAGAUACGACUUAUACUUUUAGGAUAAAGGUCUAAAUAUAAAUAUUUUAGAAAAAUAAUUCAUUAAAAGUUUAAUUACCACCAAAAUAAAUUAAUAUUUUUUGAAUUUAAUAAUUUGUAUAGUCUUAAUAUAUAACUUGCAGUUUAAUAUUAAAAAUAAUAAUUUGUUUUAAAAAAAUAAAAAGGUAUAAAUAAAUUAAUAUAGGUACCUACAUUUUUAAAUUAAUUUUAAAAUGAAAGAUAUUUAACAUUGGAUAUUGAAUGUUAUGUUAUAUUUUUACCAGUUCAACUUUAUAUGCAUUACUGAUCUAAAUUGAUGACUUGGUAUUUUAUUAUGUGUAAUAUGGAAAUAAGAACCAUUAUUUACAAUGUGUGAAUUAUUAGGUUUCUUUUAUAUUUUUUUUUUGAAAAAAGAAAAUACAUUUAUUUUUUCUUAAUAGUUUUACAAAACAAAAAGUUUCUGUAUCGAGCUGGUAUAAUUUAUGAGUUGGUAUCUAAAGGAAAAUACAUAAUGGUUUAUUUUUGUGACACUUAGAUUUUUGGUAUUAGACAUCAUUGAUUGGUUUAUGGUAUUGUGUCUAUGAUUAAGUACAUAGUAUGGUUAUAGAACUAAUUUUUUUUAUAAAUACCACUAUUGGGUUAGUGUUGAAUCAUUAUUACCAGUAAUGACUGUUUUAUUCACAGGUUACAUCUAUAGUUGUAUUAAUAUUAAGUAAAAUAGGUUUUUAUAAAAGAGUGUGUAUGGGUUAAUAUUUGACUGCGCCCCAAAAAUGCACGCCACUCAUACUGUUUGGUGCAGUUCUGUUCAUUAGUAGUUAAAACAUUUUUUUUUAUUAUUUUUUUUUUUUUAUAUAAUUAAGCGAGUGUUCCAUGGUUUUAAUAAUUUGAAUAUUUUCUGUUUUUUGAGUCCCCCUAAAAAUGUUGCUCUAAUUGCUUAUUAUUUUAUUUGCAACUCAAGGAAGGUACUUUCUUUUCUUAUUUUUGAAGAUUUAAAAUGAAUAGUUUACACAUUUUUAUUAAAGUUGAUAUUGUAUUGGAUAAGACAUCCAAAUAUUUGAAAAACUUUUUAAUGGUUUACAGAAGUAUCUGAUUGUCUUGGUUUUUCUAUUUUUUGAUUAUUAUUUUAUUAUUUGUUGUAAUUUAUUAAUUAUUUUUUUUGUGUGUGUAGGUGGCGGACCGCCUAAUGAUCGUAGCGGUGACUUCAUUGUCCAAGAGGACACAAUAUUUGUUUCUGGUAUGUCUUCUAGUACAUCCGAAGCCGAUAUUGAACAACACUUUGGUUCAAUUGGUAUUAUUAAGGUGAUAAUCAUAAUCCAAUAUUCAUUAAUUCAUCUUCAUUUUGUCUAUUGUAUAUAUUACAUUUAACUACAGACUGAUAAAAAAACUGGAAAGCCUAAAAUUUGGAUGUACAACGAUAAAUCAACUGGAAGACCAAAAGGAGAAGCAACAGUAACAUAUGAUGAUGCUCAUUCCGCGAAUAGUGCUAUCUCAUGGUUUAACGGUUUGUCUAUUGAUAUAUUUACACAUAUAUAUAUGUAUUAUUAAGUUUUUUGUUAUUAAGAUAAUAUUUUUCAAUAUCAAUUAGGAAAAUCAUUCAAUGGAUCUACAAUUGCUGUCCAAUUAGCCACGAAGAGAGAUAAUUGGCAGGGAGGUCGUGGUGGUGGUGCUACUGGUGGAGGCCGUGGUAACACUGGUAGAGGGGGCGGUGGUGGUCGUGGAGGAUAUAGCAGUGGUGGUGGUUACCAAAUGGAUGAUCCUGUAUCUGAUGAUCCAUCAGAUGGCGGUGGAUUCUAUGGUGGACCAAGAGGUAAGAUUAAUAAAUAUUACCAUAGAAAUGUGAACAUAAUACUGGAUUUUUAAUUUUUCAGGUGGAAGAGGUGGGGGUAGAGGUCGUGGUGGCGGUAGAGAUGACCGUGGACCACCCCCAGAUCGUAGAAGAGAUGAUCGUAUGGGAGGCGGUGGCGGUAGAGGUGGUGGUGGAGGCCGAGGUGGCGGAAAUGAUUCAGGUGGCCGUGAUGGUGACUGGAAAUGUUCGAACCCAACUUGUGCCAACACAAACUUUUCAUGGCGGCAACAUUGUAAUAGAUGCAAUGAUCCAAGGCCUGAAGGAUUUGGGGAUGGUGGUGGCGGCAGACGUGGAGGUGGUAUGGGAGGUGGACGAGGUGGACCACCCAUGCGUGGAGGACGUGGCGGUGGUAUGGGCAGUGGUCGUGGAGGUCCUGGUAUGGGCGGACGUGGAGGUCCUGGUGGAGGUAGCAGAGGUUUUGGUGGUGGCAGAGGAGGACCUGGUGGCCGUGGUGGAGGUGGACGUGGCGGUGGACCAAUGCGAGAGUAAGAAUAUUUUAACAUUUAAAAAUUAUUCAUGUAUUUUUAUUAAAUAAUUUUAUUUUUAUUAUUACAGUGACAGGAGAGGUGACAGAAACCGUCCUUACUAAAUCUCUCAAUUUUAGUAAUUAAAUUUUUUUAUACUUCUUUUAUUGACGAAAACAAGCUUUGUUUAAUUUUGUAGCUGGAAAAACUAGACUAAGUUAUAAUAAUGCAGAAGUCUAUAAGUCCGCCAACUAUUAUUAGGAUUUUUUUUUUUUUUUUUGUAAAUAAAUAAUAAGGUAAUCAUUUGAAAUUUGAUAAACAAGAUUUCUGUAACUGUGUGUACUAUUUUCUAUUGUUGUAAUGAAAAUAAUUAUUUAUUAUAUAUUUUUUUUUUUUUUUUUUGAGCAACCUUGUGACACCAUGGUGUCUUCAUUAUACAAAUUACUUAUUUGAGUAUUUACAUUUUAAAAAUAAUAACGUCAAUAAUAAUAAUCAUUUCAUGUUGUUGGAAUUUACUAUUACUGUUAUUUACUAAUUUCAGAUAAAACAUUCAAUUUCUAAAUAUCAAUUGUUUUAUUGAAUGCAAUCAAUGGUAUAUUUUCUGACAACAAUUUGUUCGUAUUAACAUAUUUAUUGAUAUAAGGUAGGUAUCAAAAAUUAAAUACUUAACUAUAAUAUGAUUGAUCUGAAAGAGAUUUUAUUUUAAAUAAAAGGCGAUAUUGGUGAAGGGUGAGACGUAGUUGAAAAGUUUGAAAGUAGGAUACAUAGUGUGGUUUUUAUAUGUAACAAAUAAACAAAAAAUAAUUUGGGUAAAGUUUGGUUAAUGGUGUAGC